AUGUCUCGGUACGUAACCCGUCUGAGGCCGUUCGUUCUCGGCGCCCAGCUCAACAAGGCGCAUUCCAGGCUCGCAACCCAAUCUCUCCCCGUCGCUCCUCUGGCCGCUGAGCCCCUCCUCAACCAAACCGUCGUGAACCCCGUCGUGAACCCGGUCAGGAGCUUCAACACCACUCCCAAGGCCGCCGUCCCCCUCACAUCGCCCACCAUGACCCGCGUCCUCCCCGAGUUCAGCCUCCACGGCAAGGUCAUUGUCGUCUCCGGUGGUGCCAGAGGUCUUGGUCUCACACAAGCCGAGGCUCUCCUCGAGGCCGGCGCAACUGUCCACGCCAUCGACCGUCUCCCCAAGCCCGACCCCGACUUUGAGAAGGUCGCCCUCAGAGCCGAGACGGAGCUCGCCACCACCCUCACCUACCACCAGGUCGACGUCCGCGACGUCGCCUCCCUCAACGAGAUUGUCGCCGGCAUCGCCGACAAGCACGGCCGUCUCGAUGGCCUCAUCGCCGCCGCUGGUAUUCAGCAGGAGACUCCCGCCCUCGAGUACAAGGCCGAGGACGUCGACAGGAUGAUGGGCGUCAACGUCACCGGCUGCUUCAUGACCGCGCAGGCCGUCGCUCGUCAGAUGAUCAGACUCAACACCCCCGGCAGCAUCGUUCUGAUCGCCAGCAUGAGCGGCACAGUCGCCAACAGGGGAUUGAUCUGCCCUGCAUACAACGCCUCCAAGGCUGCAGUUCUGCAACUCGGACGCAACCUCGCGGCUGAAUGGGGCGUGCACAACAUCCGCGUCAACACCAUCUCGCCCGGCUACAUCGUGACCGCAAUGGUCGAGGCGCUCUUCGAGACCUACCCGGAGCGCAAGGAGGAGUGGCCCAAGCACAACAUGCUGGGCAGACUCAGCAGCCCGGGCGAGUACCGCGGCGCCGCCGUCUUCCUGCUCAGCGAUGCCAGCACCUUCAUGACGGGCAGCGACCUGCGCAUUGACGGAGGCCACUGCGCCUGGUAG